CACACACACAGAGCAGGAGUAACUCUCAGGUCUGUGUAUUACUGCUAGCCUCUGCUCUGCGUUGUAAUUGGAUACUGAAGUAUUUAAAAUGGUGUGAAAUGUAUCUGUAACAUAAAUGAGAGAUUAAUAUCAUGUCUGUUUCCCCGAGUUCUCCAGCUGUGCGAUUAAAGCUAGCACACAUGCUAAUAAUCAAACCUCCCACCGUUAGGGGAUCAUUUUGUCCCGAGGUCGCUCACACUGCAGCUGUGGGUCUGGAGUGAGUGUUCAGUGCCGGGGGAAAGGGUGCUGGUGAUGCGGGGAUGAGUUUAGUGUGAAUACAGACCUGGUUAUGGGCUGCGGCUGGAGCUUUAGCAGUCCGGCUACACAGGGAAGUGUGAUUAGCGUCAGUCUAACCCGACUGUUUGAAUAUUUAAUGCAGACUUUAAGCAUUUCGGGGUCAUGUGCACAUUUCUGGAGGUUUUAAACUCCGUGCGCUCAGUUUUUUAGUGUUAAUUAGUUACAUUCAGGAGUUCCGGCUUGUAACUUUGGACUCUUGAGUAGGAAAUUCCGCGCCAACAUUUCAAAAAAGUGCGCACCAGCGCGCGCCGCUGUGGAAUUCCGUUUUCCGCUACAUGCUCAUUGGCCGCUUUGAGUGUGACGACACCUCAUGCCUUGCGCUCAUUGGCUGUGUUCAUGGAGUGGGCGUGUACUUACACGUAGUACGGUAGCUUCGAUAGAGCGGAUGUCAGUUACCGCCAAGCGUCCUGGUUACCGGGCCGCGGCGAUUUGAAAUCAAAAUAACUCCGAUUUGCGCAACAAUUCGUGCCUCAGCGCGUCAUUACUCAGAGCAGUGUGUGCCAGCUCAUUAACCCUGUGUCAUUACACCCUGAUCAGGGCUCUGCGAUGCUUUCUCCCAGACUGUACAAUGCUGUAAAGAAAAGGUGGAAGAUGAGCAGCACUUUACUGGAUGGUCAGCAGUUGAAGCAGAAGCUUGAGAUUAACCCAAACCCAAGCAGCUCAGGUGCAGCGCGUGAGAAGAAAAAAGUUGUGUUUGUGGAGCCACAAACACAGUUAACAACUUUAGGAAAACUUCAGGAAGCUCAGAAGGCCAUGGGACCUUUAUCCACACCUACGAAGGGCUCGGAGGCCCCGGGAGGGGAACCGUGGACACCGACGUCCAACCUGAAAAUGUUGAUCAGCGCUGCGAGUCCAGAAAUACGCAACCGAGAGAAAGAGAAGAACAGCACUGAGGAACAUGAGAACUCCUCUCAGGAUACUGAACAAGGAGAAGAGUCAGAGAGGCUGCAGCUCAGCCGAAAAGAGAAAAGCCUCGGGUUGCUGUGUCACAAAUUUUUGGCUCGAUAUCCAGAUUAUCCGAAUCCAGCUCUAAACAAUGACAUUUGCCUUGAUGAUGUUGCUGUUGAACUGAAUGUGGAACGGCGACGUAUAUAUGACAUCAUGAACGUUCUGGAGAGCCUGAACAUGGUCAGCCGUUUGGCUAAAAACCGCUACACAUGGCAUGGUCGUGCUCAGCUAGCACACACACUAGCACUGCUCCAAAGAGAGGGAGAGAAACACCACUAUAGCCAGCAGAUCCAGCAGAUACGGCAGAGACAUGCAGAGGACAUGCUGGAGAUGGAGGGAGAGGAGAAAGAGAACGAGGACGUCGAUGGAGAAAUCACACAGAAGGAGCCAGGAUUUAGUGAAGCCACUGUCGAUGCUAAAGGGGCUAGCCGUAAGGAUAAGUCCCUGCGUGUGAUGAGUCAGAAGUUCGUUAUGCUGUUCCUGGUGUCGAGUCCACGUGUGGUGAGCCUGGAAAUCGCAGCCAAGAUCCUGAUCGGAGAAGACCAGGUGGUGGACCAGGACAAGAGCAAGUUCAAGACAAAGAUUCGUCGUCUAUAUGACAUCUCUAACGUCCUCAGUAGUCUUAAGCUUAUUAAGAAAGUGCAUGUGACGGAAGAACGAGGAAGAAAACCCGCAUUUAAAUGGACUGGACCAGAGAAUCUGUCCUUACAAGGUUUGCAGGUUGAGGCUUCUUCUUGCCCUCGGCCCCUCGAGUCCCGCUCGUCUGUAGACAACUGCACCAAAAACCUUUUCUGCUCUCCCAGCACUAAACGAGGCUUCACACGACAUCAUUCACUCGUCAAAUUGGCCAAAAGCAUCCAGGAUGAUCGCAGGAAGAUCAACUCUGCUCCAUCAAGCCCCAUUAAAAUCACAAGUGAUGCGGUUAAUGGAAGUUUCUAUUCAAGUAAAAUGGAUCACCUCGCUGAGAUUUGUAAAAUGCAGCUGGACCAGCAAGCUAUGAAUGCCCAGAAGCAGAGCGAUCUGAAAGAGGCUGCUCACUUGCAGCAGAAAAACUCAAUGUUGUCACCCAUUCCCCCCGUGAUGACAUCAGGGGCAGAGGCUUGUCCUCGGACGGUGCAGUUAUCGCUUGCGCCUCCUCCCUGCUGCUCCCUCGUUCCUGUGCUGCUUCCCCAUGCUGUGUACGUCAGCCACACCCCUGUCCGUCCUCGCCAUGUUGCCAGGCCUCUGCCCUCUAGCACUGCUGUGCGCUCCAUGACCUUUGAAAGCCCCAGAGGAGCAAACACGAAGGCGUCACCAGCGUCUGUAACAGUGACAGGCCAGAGGGUGCACGGUUUCGAGCCGGCAAGUCCUGCUCUGAAACGGACGUGCUUAGAAAGUUUAGAAAGAAGUCCAGCUAAGAUUAAACGGCCUGAGAUGAACUCAAAGAGCUUGUCCCCUAAGCUGUGUGAGAUCCUGCAGGCUCGUCUGAAAGAUCGUAGAGGAGCCCUGAGUUCCAGCCGUGCCUCAGCGAGAGCUCUGCACCUCGAGCCUGAAUUUAACAAAACACCCCAUAAUAAUCCUGAUACUGUGGAGCACAACAUGGAGCUGCAGCACUUCCUGGAGACAGAGGAGAGGGAAGAGAAAAUACAGAGCCAGGUUACACCCACUCUGCAGGAUUCGGCUGGACACACAAACACAGAGACUCUGAUCCCCACAGGUUAUUUGAUUCCAAUUUCCCAACAGCCUCUGCUUAGCUUUAAAGAGACUUCGACCUCCAGUGGAGAGACAAAUAAAACGCCAACAUACAUCUAUCGCACACCAACUGCAGGUUCGAUAGCCCCUUCACCUCAGGAGUUCACCCCAUCCCCUCUACCUGUCCAUCGCCCCACCCACCGGGUCAGCCCCAACCCUUCCAUCCUCAACUUCACCCUGCAGAACCUUGCUCUGAUCCACAACACACCCAACACCACACAUACAGUACCAGCACCGGAGCAGCCGAGCCCCAUACCCUGCACACACGCGCAUGCUCACACACCGCUCCAAACACACGGCAUGAUCUUCAUCAAGCCCGUCUCACCUCUCACACUCAUCAGCCUGCAGCAGCCGGCCCUGACCACGCCCAAAAGUGGCUCCGCCCCCCAGCAGUGCUUUUUCCACACACCAGUCUCCACCGUGGUCACGCCCACUGCCAGUAAGAGCCUGUACAUCCCUCAGAGGAAGCUGGACGUGAGCUCAGAGGAACACUGAGAUCAUCCACUAAUGACCACUAACAACUUGUGAACUGUGUACAUGACUGUUUAAUUAUCUGAAUGUUUUGUAGCUUUGGCUUUACCUUUAUGACUUACUGGUCCUGAUUUUUCACUUGAACAGUCUUGGAAAAACAGAGCCAUGUGUGUGCAUGUGUGUGUGUGCAUGUGCGUCCAAAUAAACUGAUAAACUUGACCUUAACAUUGAGGUGCUAGCAUUCUCUGGUUAGCUUUGUAAAAAUACAUAGUGCUGUAUCUGAAAUGUAUAAAGAAUAAUUGUGAGUUUGAUUUAACAAAUAAAUGUGAGCCUUCUGAGCCAUAUGGGAAA